UAAUGUACUACAAUGCGUGCACCUGCAACACACUGAGCUAAUAUUUAGAGGUAAAGCUCCAAAUCUGUCCUUUGCACUGUAAUAGAGUAUUCAUAGUAAGUGGGCCUCAUAAAACACUUGAUGGUUGGAAAUCACUAGUCUAGAAGGGUAUGCAAGAUUCAACGUUAAGUCUCUCAAAUCGCCCAAGUUUACCUCAAAGACAUUUUUACAACACCUCUGGAGAACUCUUUUGAACUUGCUCUCAUUGAAUACCCAAUCCUGGCCUAAAGUACAGUGUAAUGAUGCUUAUAUAUCGCUCCACUGGCUCUGCAAGCCCACUUGAGCCAGUUUUGUACAACACUUCAGCUCCUGGGUGGGAGCCGCCGCCGCAGCAGCGUCAGGCAGCCCUUCAGCACCACUCAGCUCCACGGCACCCGGCUGAAGGGUUUCCGUCAGGGAGACAUGGGAAGUACUCCAGAGAUUUUGCAAGUGGGGAAACCAGCUGAGCUCAGCCCCGUGGUCUCCAGCCAAGUGGGAGCAGGAGGUUAAGGGCCUGCAAUUAAGACGGAGAGAUCUUCAUUUAGAGCUCGAGGGUGGCAAAAUGGCAGCUGCUCCUACAGGCCCUGCUGUGCUCUCACUGUGAGGGGACGGGCUCUUUGCUGAGCACUGGGCACCCCAUGCACAGACGGGCAAAGCUCUGCUGGUGCACCCACUUCAGGGCUUUGUGCCUCCUGAAGAAUUAGAGGUUCGCUCAGCACCGUGCGAGGCCUUAGGGCUGCGGUGAAACCACGGACGGCAGCACAGAAGAGCGUGGUGGGGCCGGGCAAAGCCGAGCGAAGGAGCGCAGCGGUGGCAGUGGCCCGAGUGCGGGCGGGGGCUCCUGUCCCCCAGAGCGGUGCCUGUCUCCUCAGGAGGGUGAACAACACGGGCCCUGCUCGCAGAGUGUGUGAGGGCGGAGGAGGAGGAGGAGGGAGCCCGGCAGGCCCCUGCCCAUGGCAGCGCUGGCCGGGGCAGUGGUGCUGCCGGGGCAGGGACAGGCCGUGGUGCACAGCGUGUCCCAGGGCAUGGCUCUCACCCUGCGGGAAGGGAUCUGCGUGUUCUAUGACCUAGAGCUGGCACAGAUUCAUGUUCUGCAAGAGGAAGGGCAAGAAAAGAGUUCAGAAAGCAAGGCAACUGAGAAACCAGUAGACAGGCUCCGGAUGGAGAUUGACAGAGAUAAUGAUGCCAUUGCGUUUGAAAAUAACAUCCAGCAGCUGAGCCCAUCUGAAGAGGGGGAAGGAAAGAAACUUUUUUCCACAGUUGGGGAAAAAAAGAGCCAAAGCUGCAAAGCCAGUGAAAAUUUGUCAGAGUUGUGUAAUGAAAGUAAAGAGCAGGAAUAUGCAACUGCAUCAGAACAAACAGUUGUAAAAAAUUCCAAGAAUCUAAAAUUUCAGGCUUGUGCACCACGUCAGAAAAAAGGAGAAAAAGAAGGUUUCAGCUGUUGUUUCUGUUCAUUCACCUCAGCCAGAUUGUCAAAUCUGAAGCGUCACUUGAGAACCCAUUCUGAUGAGAAACGUUACUUGUGUCACCUCUGCCCGAAGGCUUUUCGUACAGCAACGCUCCUGCACAACCAUGUGAACACACAUACAGGGACCAAACCCUAUAAGUGCAGUGACUGUGAUACAGCAUUUGUGACCAGGGGUGAGCUUUCACGACACAGGCGGUACAAACACACCUUAGAAAAACCUUUCAAGUGCACGAUAUGUGAAUACUCCAGUGUAGAAGCCAGCAAAAUGAGACGACACAUUCGUUCCCACACAGGAGAGCGUCCCUAUCCCUGUGACCUUUGCAGUUAUGCCAGCAAAGAUGCCUAUAAACUGAAAAGGCACAUGUUAACUCAUACAGGAGAAAAACGCUAUGAAUGUUGUGUUUGCCGGGCCAGAUUCACUCAAAGCGGUACCAUGAAAAUCCAUAUGUUACAGAAGCACGGAGAAAACGUCCCAAAACACCAGUGUCCACACUGCAGUACCCUUAUUUCCCGAAAAAGCGAUUUGGGUGUCCACUUGCGAAAUCUUCACUCCUACAUGGAGGAGGCCAUUAAGUGCAGUGCCUGUGAGGCAGUUUUUCACGAACGCUACGCUUUUCUUCAGCACAAGAAGACUCACAGAGGAGGAAAAGGAUUCAAAUGUGCUCAGUGCAGCUACACGUGUAAUCAGAAAAAUAUGCGUAAGCAUGCUGAAAAUUGUGGAUUGGGGAGGACAGAAACUGCUGCACCCAGAAAAAGAAGCAAGGAGAAAAAUAAAAUCCAGGAGAACCCCAAGCGUGUUAAGUCAGAAGUUGCCCUGAAAUCAUUCCAAGAUGAAAAAUGAACAUUGUGCCAGUGAGAUUGUUCCUGUUUUAGAUGGGAUAGAAACAGCAGCUCUGAGAGAAGACAAAACAGAAGCAAUUUGUGAAAUGGAUUCUCAACAUGAUGGACAAAUAACUCACAAACAGACUGAUCUUGCUUGUUCUCAGUGGUUGUAACUGACCAUUUCAAAGUGUGGAACUACCUCCAGUUAGAAAGUUGGAAAAGGUGCUGGUUGAAAGCUGUUGAAGCCUCUCUGUGCUCAUAUUUCUUCUUGCUGCAAUUUCUGCUGUGUAGCCUAAAUACCACUGCCAAAGUGUGAAAAUUAUAGGGAACCUUUGCCUGUUUUAUUGCAUAAAUGUGAUAACAGAAUGAGAAAAAAAUAGCUAUUUUCGGAGUAAUUUAUUAAAAAAUGGAUAGGUUUGUUUCACCUUGCAUUUCAUUUUUCUUCAGCCUUACUCACAGAAUUACAGAUUGAUCUGAGGCAAAGUUCUGCCUCAGUAGCUCUAUAUCACUGAGAGCUGCACGAACUUCAGAUGGUUUAUGCUUUGCUGGGGUGAGCACAUGAAAGGCAGUGAUUUUUUAAUGCAAGGAACAUUUACUGAACCUCCUUUCUGCAGACACUUUAUCUUCUAAUAGAAUUCAUGAUGCUAAAACACAAUUUUGUGAAAAAGCAUUUCUGUGAAAAAUACAUGGACAGGAAUUACCAUUUAGGUGACAGAAACCUCGUUCAGUUUUGUAGUGUUUUGGCAAACACUGAGAAGUCAGAGUGCUUGAAUUCAUCAAAAUUUGUCACUGGCUUUGUUUUUCCAUUACAGUUAUUUGAGUUAUAACGGUACAUAUUUAUUGGUUUGUUUCUGUUUUCACAGUGGUAAAGUUUUAGUAAGCUCAUUUGUUCUUAGCAGGACUUAAGAAUACUUUUGUCCAUGAUAAUUGAUUAAAUAAUAUUGUUCACUUUAUUCUUGUUGUGCUGUUUCCAUUGAUGUUAUAAAAUCUAAGCAGCAGAGUUGUUUAAAUUACUUGAUGAAUUUUAUGAAUAUAUAUUAUUCAUUUAAUAGUUGUUAAUAACAAAGCUGGCACAUUCUGUAGCGACAUAUAAGAAUCAGACUACAUGAAGUGGAAUAUGAAUGUAGUAAUAAAAGAUAUAUUUAUAUCUGAACUUGCAAAA